AUGAAUGAAAAUGUAUCUAUAACCUCAGGUGAGAAUAUGCGAAAGAAGGAGUCCGAGCCGUUAAAGAAUGAGACAAAAAUGAACGAAAACAUAUCUCUAACCCAAACGAACGACGACACUGACUCUAUCGAAAAGAAGAAAUCUAAUUUAUUUCAAGAAAAUAGUCAAUUGCAAGAAAGUGUAGAAUUGGACGUGCAGGAGGAAUUUGAAGAUACGUCAGUUACUACCGAACAGGAUGAAAAAUCCAGAUCAGAAAGUGAUUGUUACUCUCCGUCGAGAACGGCACAGUCAACGAAGCAAAAAGGCCUUCACAUCGUUACUGGAUUUCCAAAACCACUCUCAGAUGGAAGACGUAGGGGAAAGCAUGAAGAUUCUUAUUUUUUUCGCAAUGGAUCCAACCAAUCUUUCCAUCAGCAGACAGUCAGUCCGUUCCCAAAUGUUCCCGGAGGAUUAGAAGGGAUUCCAAUUACCGGGAAUAGCCCUCUUACCCAUUCAUUCAACUACCCCAUGUUGCAUCCGUAUAUGGCUGGUGCACAAUUUGGCCCUCCGCCUAUGCCUAUGAAGCCAGAUAUGAAUCCGCAUUUUCAAGGUUAUCGUCGCCCCCAGAUUCCUAGGACUCAGUAUUUCGAGGAAAGCGUCCCAAUUCAAGGCCCUUCGCGCAACAAAGAUGGAAAACAUUGGGAUGGAAAAAGGGGUCAGCGAAGUAUUGAAAUUCGCUUGAAUUUUGGGAAAUCUUCUCCUUCCAAAGCCGUUCCUCUCCAAUCAAGAAAGCGUAUCACACAUGUUGUAUAUAAUUCCCGUCUUCAUCAGAAAAACCUAAGGGUUAACUUACCUGGUGCCACUCCGAUCACGGUUCCCUCAAAGUCGAAAAACAAAUUUAAUAUGAACACGUUUCCUGUCCCCAUGCCUUCUUUUCCAACUGCAGCCCCUCCUAUCCCCUAUGCAUCGAAUCUCCCCCCUGUACCCCCUUUUAAUUUUUUUCCUGCACCCGCUAUCCCUCCAAAUCCUAGUCAAUCGAAUUUCUUUCAGUAUGACUUUCCACCCCCGUUUGACCCGACCUUAUUUCCCCAGGUACCUUCCCAAGAAACUCACGGAGCUGCAAGUCGCUCUCCGUCAUUUGGUCCCUCCAUUCCUGGUGUACCAACUUUCCGUCCUGAGAUUUCUUCAGGUAAUGGAAUUUUAAACCCCCCGGCACCUCCUCCUGCUCUUGGUGUUGGUAGUGACCCUUCUGCUUUUUACCAGCCGACUACUGCUCCUCUUGGGGCAGUUUAUCCUAAUUCUGCUUUCCUUCCUUCCUCAAGCCCUGCUCCUCUCCCGGCCUAUCCUAUGAUGCCUGCUUACUGGCCUUAUCCUGCUGUUUACGAUCACUCUACUCAAUCCAUGCUUCCUCCCAACGUUGCUCCUCCUUUACCAAGUAAUGAUACGAAUUUAAUGUCAAGGAUGAAUACAGAUAAUGUUCGUCCAUUCUCUCCAUCUACUUCUACUUCUACCCCACCUUAUGGUUAUGUUUACUACUAUGAUCCUAACCAAUACUACAAUGGUCAGGGCAGCGGAUCAAAGCCCUCAAUACUUGGAGAACUAUGCCAUUAUGCUUAA